AUGUCUUCCAAGGCGCAACCCGAUACUGAGAAGCCAUGGCAUGCCAGUUUCCCUCCUCCUCGGUCGAAUGCCGGCACGAUGUCGCCGGAGCAGUUACUAGAGCUGCUUCAAGACGAGAGGAAGCUGCCUGGCCGUGAUUUUCUACUUAUAGACCUGCGGCGUUCUGAUCACAAGGGCAGUACUAUUCGCGGCUCUCUGAACCUACCAGCGCAGUCGCUAUGGUACAGUCUGGAUUCCUUGUAUGAGCUUUGUCAAGCUGCAGGCGUAUCCACUGUGGCAUUCUACUGCGGGUCAUCACGAGGACGGGGGAACAGAGCAGCUUGCUGGUUUCAAGACGUUUUAGCCCGUCGCGGCGAAACUAACAUGAAGUCUUUCGUUUUAGCUGGGGGCAUUGAUGGAUGGUUCGAGGCGGGGGGGAACUACGCAAACUUUGUCGACGGGAAAUCGAUAGAAUAG